GACUGAGCCUAACGCAAGCGGCAGAAACGGAUGGACGGGUCGGGCCAGGUUUUUUCUAAGACAUAUAAUCUCAAUCCUAAUCUUCCACAACCUUAAUCCUAAUCUACUUAAGAUUCCGAGGCUAGCUCUCCCAAAGGCCAAAGGGUGAGGGUCGAUGAUGAUGAUCGUCAUAAAUUGACGGUUGAGAUCAAGCCAACAUACCAUCCUCCCCUAGGGUUUUCCUCUUUUUAAGCUCUUUUCUCCUUGGCUUUGCCACCUCUUUCCUGGUCCCCGUCCAUCGAAACCUCGCCAUGUAUGGCAGCGCCGGCGAACCCUAAAGAGGAGGGGGAGGAGGAGAACUCCUCCUCAUCAUCAUCAUCAUCAUCAUCUCGUCCCUUCGCCUCCGCCGUUGCAGCGAUCGCCGUCGCCCAAAUCUGCGGCGGCGCCGGGUUCACCGCCGCGGAGCCCUGCGCCCUCCGCGCCCUCUCCGACGUCGCGGCGCUCUACAUCGAAGCCCUCGCCCGCUCCGCCGCCGGCCACGCCAACGACCGCGGCCGCACCGACUCCAACCUGCUCGACCUCGUCCGCGCCCUGGAGGAGCUCGAGGCGGCGGCAUGCGGCGGCUUCCUCGGGGGGUCAGACCCCGCGCGGCUGCUGCUGCGGUCGAGCAAGCUGAUGGAGCUCAUGGCCUUCGUGCGGGACGCGGACGAGGUCCCAUUCGCCAAGCCCAUACGGCGCCGCGCCGGGAAAGGAGGAGAGAGACGACGGGCUCCGCCGAGCUUCGUGGAGGCGGGGAAAGAGCCGCCGAUGCCGCACGUGCCGCGGUGGCUCCCGUGCUUCCCGGAGUCGUGGGAGGGUUGGGGAAGAAGAGGGGAAAAGGAAAUGGCGGCGAAGGAGGAAGAGGAGGAGGAGAUGGCGGUGGGGACGGGAAUGGAUGGGGUGGUGAAGAGGGAAGAAUCGGGGGUUGCCGGGGUUUUACCGGAGGAGAGGGCGAGGGUCAGGUUUCGGAUCGGGGCUGGUUCUGAUCGGCGAAGGCGAGGAAGGUGAAAAUGGUGGAGAAUAAUGGGGUGAAUUAUUAUUAUUCGGGAAAAUGGAUAUUUAAUGAUUUUUAAUAAUUAAAAUUUAAAUACAGCUGAUUUUUGUUGGGACGGGGAUUCGAUCCCAUGAUGUGCGAGCCAAACGGUAUCGUGUGCUGGACCUGAGCACCAUCUCACCAGCGUAGCGGGAAGACUCGUGGUCUUCAAUAUUUUUAAUUAUUGUAAUUAGUUGAAUGCUUCGUUUACAAGCUCCGCUUCCAUUCCCCCAACUGUUAAUAACUAAGAAGAAGAAAUGCUGGUCUCGCUGGGUAUAGUUGUUUUUGUUUUUCCGAAAUAAAUUUCAUGUGUUGUAGAUAGCAUGAUUUGUUGAA